AUGCCUAAUCUCGAGGUCCCAUUCUCCAUGCCCAAGGGGCCCUCUUGUAUACCUUCCGUCAACACUAUCAAAGUCAUUUUCCAUGGCUUGCAAAUUCUCGCUACUGUGCUUACUAUUUGUGUCGUUGCACCUGUUAUUGCCACCGAAGUGCGCUUUUAUGGUGCCAGUCAAGGGGGUCCCAACUAUACACUUGCAGUGGGUUUAAUGAGUUUGGCUGUUCCUAUUGCCCUGAUUGUUUUCCCUACCAUCUACGACCGCCAAGGCAAAUUCAGACGACUCGGCAAGUUCUUCUUGAAGCCAAGGACCAAUCUCAUAUUUUGUGGAUUCUACACGGUCGUGUGGAUCACGUGCGGCAUCGCUAUUACCGUUCAUGCAAACAACCCUGACAACUGCAAUCUCUUUGAUGAUAAGGAAGAAGAUUUUGGUGAUGAUUACAGGAAUGCUUGGCCCACACAGUGUAAUUGUGCCAAGGUAGCAGCUGGAUUUGCAUGGGCGACAUGCAUUCUUUGGUUUUGUUCGCUUGUGUGUACCUUGAUUAUCUUCUGGAGAGAGAAGCACCUUAUCCAAAAGAAUCUACGUCAACAUGAGAUGAACAAGCAAGCGGUUCUUCAAAUGCAACAACAGCAAGAAUCGGACGAUGAGAUGUAUGGAGAUACAGGUAGACAUGGUGGUUAUCGUGCAUCUGGAUAUUAUGAGGAUGUGGAAGGAGAAGACCUUGGUGGUAUGCGUCCUCAAUCCUUUGAACAAGCUCGUCCUUUACAAGAUCCUAUUCCACCACCUGCAGCAGCAACUCAUCAAUCGCCAUUCGACUCGCCUUACGAUCCACCAGAGAAUAAACGCAUGUCAUACGGAUACCAGCAAUAUGAACAUCCACCUCAACCUUAUGAUCCAUACCCUGAUACUAUUCAACAACAUCAACCACAGCCUUAUGAUCCUUACCCGGUUGAUCAGCAGCAGCAACAACAACAACCAUACAACUUGCAUCAAUCACCUUUCGAUGAUCAUUAUGGUAGAUACUCGCCUGAACCACCCAUGAACCAUGCAGGAGCAACACCUACACCUCCUCCUCCACAACAAGGCUCAUUUACCCCAGCCCCCAUGGCUAUGCCCGAUCCAACACAGUACAACCACAACCCAACUCAACAUCAGCCACAGCCACCCACCGAUCAUCAUCAGCUAUAA